AACGAAGAUAGAAAAGUGUCAAAGAAUGAAGAAGGAAAUUCAAAAUCAAGAAGAGAUAAGAGGAAUACUAUAAAUGAUGAAAAGACUAAAAUAAUAAGUAGUGAAAUUGAUAAAAUUGAACAACCUGACACAUUAGAUCCUGCACUUUUACGCCCAGGUCGUUUAGAUCGAAAAGUAGAAUUUUCUCUACCAGACUUAGAGGGUCGUUCGCACAUUUUGAAAAUUCAUGCCAAAAGUAUGUCAGUUGAACGUGACAUUCGGUACGAGCUUAUCGCGCGUCUCUGCCCAAAUAGCACUGGUGCUGAGCUACGUAGCGUAUGUACUGAAGCCGGAAUGUUUGCCAUUCGUUCAAGAAGAAAGGUUGCAACCGAGAAAGAUUUCUUGGAAGCCGUAAAUAAAGUCAUUAAG